AUGAGGGGAUUGAAUGCUACAAGACUUGGUGUCGAAGAGCACGUGAACCGGAACAUAAGCAACCAGCUUGAGGUUCCAGCCCAAGUCAGGGGUUGGUUUGAAGAAGUAGGAAAGAUCAAUGCAAAAGUGGAAAAUUUCCCUAGCGAUGUUGGCAGUUGUUUCAAUCUGAAGGUUAGACACGGGGUCGGAAAGAGAGCCUCCAAGAUAAUUGAGGACAUCGACAGUGUCAUGAGAGAACACUCUAUCAUCAUCUGGAAUGAUCAUUCCAUUCCUCUAGGAAGAAUUGAUUCCACGAAAGCAUCCACCUCAAUACCAUCAACCGAUCAUCAUGAUGAGUUCCAGUCAAGGGAGCAAACUUUCACAGAAGCACUAAACGCACUCGAUCCUAACCACAAAUCCCACAUGAUAGCCUUAUGGGGAAUGGGCGGAGUGGGGAAGACGACAAUGAUGCAUCGGCUGAAAAAGGUUGUGAAAGAAAAGAAAAUGUUUAAUUGUAUAGUUGAGGCGGUUGUAGGGGAAAAAACAGACCCCAUUGCUAUUCAAUCAGCUGUAGCAGAUUACCUAGGUAUAGAGCUCAAUGAAAAAACUAAACCAGCAAGAACUGAGAAGCUUCGUAAAUGGUUUGUGGACAAUUCUGGUGGUAAGAAGAUCCUAGUCAUACUCGACGAUGUAUGGCAGUUUGUGGAUCUGAAUGAUAUUGGUUUAAGUCCUUUACCAAAUCAAGGUGUCGACUUCAAGGUGUUGUUGACAUCACGAGACAAAGAUGUUUGCACUGAGAUGGGAGCUGAAGUUAAUUCAACUUUUAAUGUGAAAAUGUUAAUAGAAACAGAAGCACAAAGUUUAUUCCACCAAUUUAUAGAAAUUUCGGAUGAUGUUGAUCCUGAGCUCCAUAAUAUAGGAGUGAAUAUUGUAAGGAAGUGUGGGGGUCUACCCAUUGCCAUAAAAACCAUGGCGUGUACUCUUAGAGGAAAAAGCAAGGAUGCAUGGAAGAAUGCACUUCUUCGUUUAGAGCACUACGACAUUGAAAAUAUGGUUAAUGGAGUUUUUAAAAUGAGUUACGACAAUCUCCAAGAUGAGGAGACUAAAUCCACCUUUUUGCUUUGUGGAAUGUAUCCCGAAGACUUUGAUAUUCCUACCGAGGAGUUGGUGAGGUAUGGAUGGGGGUUGAAAUUAUUUAAAAAAGUGUAUACUAUAGGAGAAGCAAGAACCAGGCUCAACACAUGCAUUGAGCGGCUCAUUCAUACAAAUUUGUUGAUGGAAGUUGAUGAUGUUAGGUGCAUCAAGAUGCAUGAUCUUGUUCGUGCUUUUGUUUUGGAUAUGUAUUCUAAAGUCGAGCAUGCUUCCAUUGUCAACCAUAGUAAUACACUAGAGUGGCAUGCAGAUAAUAUGCACGACUCUUGUAAAAGACUUUCAUUAACAUGCAAGGGUAUGUCUAAGUUUCCUACAGACCUGAAGUUUCCAAACCUCUCCAUUUUGAAACUUAUUCAUGAAGAUAUAUCAUUGAGGUUUCCCAAAAACUUUUAUGAAGAAAUGGAGAAGCUUGAGGUUAUAUCCUAUGAUAAAAUGAAAUAUCCAUUGCUUCCCUCAUCACUUCAAUGUUCCGUCAACCUUCGCGUGUUUCAUCUACAUAAAUGCUCGUUAGUGAUGUUUGACUGCUCUUGUAUUGGAAAUCUGUCGAAUCUAGAAGUGCUUAGCUUUGCUGAUUCUGCCAUUGACCGGUUGCCUUCCACAAUCGGAAAGUUGAAGAAGCUAAGGCUACUGGAUUUGACGAAUUGUUAUGGUGUUCGUAUAGAUAAUGGUGUCUUAAAAAAAUUGGUCAAACUGGAGGAGCUCUAUAUGACAGUGGUUGAUCGAGGUCGAAAGGCGAUUAGCCUCACAGAUGAUAACUGCAAGGAGAUGGCAGAGCGUUCAAAAGAUAUUUAUGCAUUAGAACUUGAGUUCUUUGAAAACGAUGCUCAACCAAAGAAUAUGUCAUUUGAGAAGCUACAACGAUUCCAGAUCUCAGUGGGGCGCUAUUUAUAUGGAGAUUCCAUAAAGAGUAGGCACUCGUAUGAAAACACAUUGAAGUUGGUUGUUGAAAAAGGUGAAUUAUUGGAAGCUCGAAUGAACGAGUUGUUUAAGAAAACAGAGGUGUUAUGUUUAAGUGUGGGAGAUAUGAAUGAUCUUGAAGAUAUUGAGGUUAAGUCAUCCUCACAACCUCUUCAAUCCUCUUCGUUCUACAAUUUAAGAGUCCUUGUCGUUUCAAAGUGUGCAGAGUUGAAACACCUCUUCACACCUGGUGUUGCAAACACUUUAAAAAAGCUUGAGCAUCUUGAAGUUUACAAAUGUGAUAAUAUGGAAGAAAUCAUACGUAGCAGGGGUAGUGAAGAAGAGACGAUUACAUUCCCCAAGCUGAAGUUUUUAUCUUUGUGUGGGCUACCAAAGCUAUCGGGUUUGUGCGAUAAUGUCAAAAUAAUUGAGCUACCACAACUCAUGGAGUUGGAACUUGACAACAUUCCAGGUUUCACAAGCAUAUAUCCCAUGAAAAAGUUUGAAACAUUUAGUUUGUUGAAGGAAGAGGUUCUGAUUCCUAAGUUAGAGAAACUGCAUGUUAGUAGUAUGUGGAAUCUGAAGGAGAUAUGGCCUUGCGAAUUUAAUAUGAGUGAGGAAGUUAAGUUCAGAGAGAUUAAAGUGAGUAACUGUGAUAAGCUUGUGAAUUUGUUUCCGCACAAGCCCAUAUCUCUGCUGCAUCAUCUUGAAGAGCUUAAAGUCAAGAAUUGUGGUUCCAUUGAAUCGUUAUUCAACAUCCAUUUGGAUUGUGUUGGUGCAACUGGAGAUGAAUACAACAACAGUGGUGUAAGAAUUAUUAAAGUGAUCAGUUGUGAUAAGCUUGUGAAUCUCUUUCCACACAAUCCCAUGUCUAUACUGCAUCAUCUUGAAGAGCUUGAAGUCGAGAAUUGUGGUUCCAUUGAAUCGUUAUUCAACAUUGACUUGGAUUGUGCUGGUGCAAUUGGGCAAGAAGACAACAGCAUCAGCUUAAGAAACAUCAAAGUGGAGAAUUUAGGGAAGCUAAGAGAGGUGUGGAGGAUAAAAGGUGGAGAUAACUCUCGUCCCCUUGUUCAUGGCUUUCAAUCUGUUGAAAGCAUAAGGGUUACAAAAUGUAAGAGGUUUAGAAAUGUAUUCACACCUACCACCACAAAUUUUAAUCUGGGGGCACUUUUGGAGAUUUCAAUAGAUGACUGCGGAGAAAACAGGGGAAAUGACGAAUCGGAAGAGAGUAGCCAUGAGCAAGAGCAGAUUGAAAUUCUAUCAGAGAAAGAGACAUUACAAGAAGCCACUGGCAGUAUUUCAAAUCUUGUAUUCCCAUCCUGUCUCAUGCACUCUUUUCAUAACCUCCAGAAACUUAUAUUGAAGAGAGUUAAAGGAGUGGAGGUGGUGUUUGAGAUAGAGAGUGAGAGUCCAACAAGUAGAGAAUUGGUAACAACUCACCAUAACCAACAACAACCUAUUAUACUUCCCAACCUCCAGGAAUUAGUUCUAUGGGAAAUGGACAACAUGAGUCAUGUGUGGAAGUGCAAGAAUUGGAAUAAAUUCUUCACUCUUCCAAAACAACAAUCAGAAUCCCCAUUCCACAACCUCACAACCAUAAAUAUUAAGUAUUGCAAAAACAUUAAGUACUUGUUUUCACCUCUCAUGGCAGAACUUUUUUCCAACCUAAAGAAGGUUGAGAUAAGCAUGUGUCAUGGUAUUGAUGAAGUUGUUUCCAACAGAGAUGAUGAGGAUGAAGAAAUGACUACAUCUACCCACACAUCCAUCUUGUUCCCUCAGCUUGAGUCUCUCACUCUAGAUAGACUGUACAAUCUGAAGUGUAUUGGUGGAGGUGGUGCCAAGGAUGAGGGGAGCAAUGAAAUAUCUUUCAAUAAUACCACUGCAACUACUGCUGUUCUUGAUCAAUUUGAGUUGUCUGAAGCAGGUGGUGUUUCUUGGAGCUUAUGCCAAUACGCUAGAGAGAUGAGAAUAGAAUUCUGCAAUGCAUUGUCAAGUGUGAUUCCAUGUUAUGCAGCAGGACAAAUGCAAAAGCUUCAAGUGCUGACAGUAAUGUAUUGUGAUGGUCUGAAGGAGGUAUUUGAAACUCAAUUAAGGAGGAGCAGCAACAAAAACAACAAGAGUGGUGCAGGUGAUGAAGGAAUUCCAAGAGUAAAUAACAAUGUUAUUAUGCUUUCUGGUCUGAAGAUAUUGGAAAUCUACGGUUGUGGGGGUUUGGAACAUAUAUUCACAUUCUCUGCACUUGAAAGCCUGAGACAGCUCCAAGAGUUAAGGGUAUGGAAUUGCUACGGAAUGAAAGUGAUUGUGAAGAAGGAAGAAGAUGAAUAUGGAGAGCAGCAAACAACAACAACAAGAACAACAACGAAGGGGGCAUCAUCAUCAUCAUCAUCUUCUUCAUCUUCUAAGGAGGUUGUGGUCUUUCCUCAUCUCAGGUCCAUUGAACUGGAAAAUCUACGAAGGCUGGAGGGUUUCUUCUUGGGGAUGAAUGAGUUCCGAUUGCCUUUAUUGGAUAAUGUUACCAUCAAGGAAUGCCCAAAAAUGAUGGUGUUUGCAGCUGGUGGGUCCACAGCUCCCCAACUCAAGUAUAUACACACAGAAUUAGGCAGACAUGCUCUUGAUCAAGAAUCUGGCCUUAACUUUCAUCAGACAUCAUUCCAAAGUUUAUACAGUGACACCUUGGGCCCUGCUACUUCAGAAGGGACAACUUGGUCUUUUCAUAACUUGAUCGAAUUAGAUGUAAAAUAUAAUAUGGAUGUUAAAAAGAUUAUUCCAUCCAGUGAGUUGCUGCAACUGCAAAAGCUGGAAAAGAUUCAUGUUGAGUACAGUGAUAAGGUAGAGGAGGUAUUUGAAACUGCAUUGGAAGCAGCAGGGAGAAAUGGAAAUAGUGGAAUUGGUUUUGAUGAAUCGUCACAAACUACUACUACUACUACUCUUUUCAAUCUUCGAAACCUCAGAGAAAUGAAGUUGCAUUAUCUACGUGGUCUGAGGUAUAUAUGGAAGAGCAAUCAGUGGACAGCAUUUGAGUUUCCAAACCUAACAACACUAUAUUUAUAUAGAUGUUCAAGGUUAGAACAUGUAUUUACUAGUUCCAUGGUUGGUAGUCUAUUGCAACUCCAAGAGCUACAUAUAUCUAACUGCUGGAAUAUGAAGGAGGUGAUUGUUAAGGAUGCAGAUGUUUGUUUAGAAGACAAAGAGAAAGAAUCUGAUGGCAAGACGAAUAAGGAGAUACUUGUGUUACCUCGUCUAAAGUCCUUGAUAUUAAAACACCUUCCAUGUCUUAAGGGGUUUAGCUUGGGGACAGCAUUUGAGUUUCCAAAACUAACAAGAGUUGAAAUUAGUAAUUGCGACAGUUUAGAACAUGUAUUUACUAGUUCCAUGGUUGGUAGUCUAUUGCAACUCCAAGAGCUACAUAUAUCUAACUGCUGGAAUAUGAAGGAGGUGAUUGUUAAGGAUGCAGAUGUUUCUGUAGAAGAAGACAAAGAGAAAGAAUCUGAUGGCAAGACGAAUAAGGAGAUACUUGUGUUACCUCGUCUAAAGUCCUUGAAAUUACAACUUCUUCAAAGUCUUAAGGGGUUUAGCUUGGGGAAGGAGGAUUUUUCAUUCCCAUUAUUGGAUACUUUGGAAAUCUACAAAUGCCCAGCAAUAACCACCUUCACCAAGGGAAAUUCCGCUACUCCACAGCUAAAAGAAAUUGAAACAAAUUUUGGCUUCUUUUAUGCUGCAGGGGAAAAAGACAUCAACUCUCUUAUAAAGAUCAAACAACAGGAUUUCAAAUAAGACUCUGAUUAAUGUGAAGUGAAUAUUAAAGGAUGAAUAUUCAAGGGAAGAAUUGUUCAUCAUAUGAAGGACAUUAAAGAACAUGGAUGCUAUGAAGAUGUUGGGAAAACAUAUGUAUCAAGUGGCAAGCUGCUUAAUGAUCUAAGUUUGUUGGUUGAGGAUGUUGAUUUUAAUAUUUCAAAUUCAUUGGUAUCAUUAUAUGGGCUUAUCAAUAGUGUUAAUGGGAUAAUGAGUGACUUAACCUAAAUUAUGUUGUUGGUAAAUGUUGGACAAGUAUGGAAAAUUAGGAAUGACUUGUGAAAAAUAUAUGGAAAAGUAUUAUGAAACUAUAUAUAGUAUAUAAAUUAAUGCAACAUAUUCUUGGAAGC